AUGGAGCUGACAGAACAGAUCGACGAUUCGACAUUCUGCACAAUGAGUGACGAAGCCCCCACCAGAAUUAUGUGCACCUGUAAUAGCUCGCCUGAUAUUAACAUCGCUAGUGAUGGUCUGAUAAAUAGCAUAACCUGGCGACCUAUGCUAACUCUCGCAUCAGACCAUCUGCCCAUAAUUAUGUCGAUCGAGAAGCCUCCUGAUUUCGUUUCUGUGGACAACCGUACAUUCAUUAAUUUUACCGAGAGCACCUUCAACGCUCUACCUAUUCCUACGGACUUACGGAACGAACGUUAAUUCCUCAAGGUGAUCGCAGCAGCUACCGCUCGCUUCAUCCCGGCUGKCAUAAUAGCGGAAAUCCGCCCCGAUUUAGCAGCCGAAGCAGCUGUUUUAGCUAACGAGCGUGACAAGUUACGCCAUGCCGAUUCAGGGGAUUCCCGAAUAAGAGAUCUCAAUUCGGAGAUUCGGUGCAUGGUAAACCAUCAUAAGCGGACGAAAUGGAUAGAGCACCUGAAGUUCUGCAACCUCUUCACCGGUGUAAGUAUGCUUUGGGCUACUGUCAAAGCUUUGUCUAACCCGAAGACCCGAUCGAGAUUGGUCCACUACGUUAUAAACGCUCAGAUAGUUCAUGGCCUCAACCAGAAACCACCCUGUGAGAGAACGGUCAUCGUAGCGUUGGACUUGUCAAGAGCUUUUGACAUAGCCAACCACACAACGUUAUUGCAGGACAUUGAAAAAACUACGCUUCCUCCAGGGUUGCAUAGGUGGACCAUGAACUAUCUGAGCGGUCGUCAGUCAUCCGUACAAUUUCGAGGUGAAGCAUGUAAACUGAGAAGAAUUAAACAG